CCAGAGAUUCGGGACGCGAUAGACAACAUUCUCUGUGGCUGCUCUUCUAGAUUUGAAUGGGCUGAGAGUUAUGACACCAAAAUCUCAGGGGACUCUUGGGAACGAUUGUCACGUAUCAUAGCACCAGAAAUCGAGAUUGACUACACCAAAGUCAACAGCAUAAAUACAACCAUGCCUGCAUCUUCAUUUCGUACAAUGAUCUCUGGCCCUGACUUUCUGGGCGACCCUCUGAUCCGAACCCAGCAUUUUAUCGGAGCUACCAAGUGGGAGAAGAUCAGUUCUACACUGUUAGAAGGCCACCAUCAACUCCGAACUACUCAUCACCGAUUUGCAGAACCCAUUCGGGGAAACAAUUCAGAAAGCGUGGUAGCUCCUGUCCAGUUCAAGAGUCAUGUUUAUGCCAAGUUCAGAUAUGUCAAUAUGGAUGGGGGAUGGAAAUGGGGCGGUCUAGAGUGUCGUAUCAGAUGGAAUGAUGGUCCAAUAAAUAAGCUGUUC